AUGAAUUUGUUUUUCGUACUUACAUUGAUUGGUUGUAGCUCAUGGGCAGUUUGUAGCAGCUCAAGCUGCAAACCUAUAAACAUUAAUGACUUUCGACCACACAGCGUCAGUAUUACCGAAUUUGGAGCAGUUGGCGAUGGGAUCACUCUCAAUACAAAGGCAUUUCGGAAUGCCAUCUUCUACCUAAAUUCAUAUGCCGACAAAGGUGGAGCCAAGCUUUUUGUCCCUGCUGGCAAGUGGUUAACCGGUAGUUUUGAUCUCAUCAGCCAUCUGACUUUGUCGUUGGACAAUGAUGCGGUAAUUCUUGGAUCAACGAACUCUGAAGAUUGGCCGGUUGUGGAUCCUCUACCAUCAUAUGGUAGGGGAAGGGAGUUGCCGGGUAGACGACAUAGAAGCCUCAUUUACGGGCACAAUUUAACUGAUGUCAUCAUAACAGGUAACAAUGGAACUAUAGAUGGUCAAGGGAAUAUCUGGUGGGGCAAAUUUCGUAACAAAACAUUGAACUAUACACGCCCUCAUUUAGUCGAGUUGAUGAAUUCAACGGAGGUUCUCAUUUCAAAUUUAACCUUUUUGAAUUCGCCAUUUUGGACUAUUCAUCCUGUAUAUUGCAGACAUGUUAUAGUUCAGAAUGUCACAAUCCUUGCCCCUCUUAGUUCACCAAAUACAGAUGGGAUUGAUCCAGAUUCUUCCAAUGAUGUAUGUAUUGAAGACUGUUAUAUAAGCACCGGGGAUGAUCUCAUUUCGAUCAAAAGUGGAUGGGAUGAAUAUGGAAUUUCAUUUGGCCGACCAAGUACAAACAUUAUCAUCCGCAGGCUCACUGGGAGGACAACGAGUGCCGGAAUCUCUAUUGGAAGUGAGAUGUCUGGAGGUGUUUCAGAAGUUCAUGCAGAAGAUAUUAACAUUUUUGAUUCCCGUAGUGCAAUUCGAAUAAAAACUUCUCCCGGCAGAGGCGGUUACGUUAAAAAUGUUUAUAUCUCUAACUUGACUUUGGUUAACAUAGAUAUUGCUUUUAGGUUCUCUGGUUUAUACGGAGAGCAUCCAGAUGACGCGUUCGAUCCAGAUGCUCUACCUGUGAUAGAAAGGAUUACUAUCAAAGAUGUGAUAGGGAAAAACAUCACACGCGCGGGUCUUAUACAAGGUAUUAAAGGUGACAACUUUGUCAAUAUUUGUCUAUCGAACAUCACUCUUAAUGUAAGCAAGAAAAAACCAUGGAACUGCUCGAACAUUAAAGGAUACUCUGAAUUGGUUUCUCCGGAAGCUUGCGUGCAACUCAAUGAGAGAAUACUCCCCGAUCAUUUUUCAGACUGUUAUCAGUUACCAGAUCUCGUUAAGAGUUCGAGUAGUCGCUACAGGGCUGCUUGGUUGCUGUCUUGGUAG